AUGUCGUCAGCGCGCGGAGGUGAGCGCGGCCGCGCGAAGCCCACCCGCUCGAGACCCUCAUACACCCGCGGCGGCGCGCACAACAGCAACAGAAACGGGUCCGGAAAUGCCAGCGAUAGCGACGGAGGAGGCGGCCACAGCUUCCGCGGUGGUCGCGGUCGCGGUGCCUCGAGGGGCUCGUCGACCAGAGGCGCUCCAACCGGCCCCCGUCAGAAACAAACAUUCGGAGGUCCGCAGGCGCGCCGCUCCAGCAAUUCGACUUCACAGACCAACAGCUUCCAGCCGGCAUCGACAGCGGGCCUUCCGUGGCCUCAGCGUUACGAAACACUCAAGUCGAACCGUGCCCUCGAACGGAAGCAUGCGAUCGCGAACGGAUUGAUCCAGGACCCCGAUAAGCCCCGUCGCUUGGAAGAUGCCAUCACGAUUGUUGGAACCUGCCCGGACAUGUGCGCGGAGUAUGAGAGGGUGGAACGCGUGGUUCAAAAGGACGUAUGGGAAAUGGAAUUGGAGCCCGGCACGAAGGAGCCUUCGGAAGCCCGCAUGAUUAAGAAGUUUAGGCGCGCCGCUGCUGGCUUGGAAGAGCAGCUUCCCUCGGACCUUCGACCUCCGUCUACGCUUUCGAAAACGUGCGACUACCUAUUCAAUGUCAUCCUCUCCGAGCACGAGCUUGCGAAGGCGCACAAAUUCCUCUGGGACCGGACUCGCGCCGUGCGGAACGACUUCACGAUUCAACAAUGCACGAAGACUCCCGAUAUCAGGAUACAGAUCGAUUGCUUCGAACGCAUUGCCCGGUUCCACAUCCUGUCCCUACACCAGAUGGCUUUGCCGAAGGAGGAUGUACCCACGUCGUACGACAGACACCAAGACCGCGAGCAGCUUGACAAGACGCUUCUUACCCUCAUAACUCUUUACGACGAGAACCGGGACCGCUACCGCUCUCCGAACGAGUCCGAGUUCCGCGCAUAUAGCAUCUUGUUCCAAAUGGAAGCUAUAGUUCCGGACAUUGAGGAUCGACUACAGUCCUGGCCGGCGGAGAUAGUCAGAAAUCCUCGCGUUCAGACGGCGCUGAAGAUUUACACUACAGCAACGGAUACUUCUCAAGAUCUGGGGCCCCUCAACCCUAGGAUUAGCCACCCGAUUGCCCAGUCGAACGCUGGAAAGUUCUUCAACAUUGUCAAGUCAAACCAGGUUUCCUAUCUCAUGGCCUGCGUGGCUGAGUUGGUCUUUAACAUGGUCAGGAGGUCCAUGCUCAAUAACAUCUGGAAUGCGUAUCGGAUUGGUGGUGACAGAAAGGUCGAAGACUGGAGUCUGGAAGAGAUCGCGAGAGUUAUGCACUUCGACGACUAUGAAGAAGCGCGUGAGUUUUGCGAGUCUUACAAUUUCUCCAUCCUGGAGAAAGAAGAUGGCACCGAGUUUAUCGACCUCACUUCGGUCCCUGGCAAGAUUCUCCCGUCAGCCAACCCGAACUUGAGGAAGCAGUUUCGUUCGGAGAUGGUGGUGGAAGCCAAACGAUUCAACAGAUCAUAUUCCGCCAUCGUCAGUGGCCUGACGGUCAAGCAGGCCAAGGAGCGUGGAAUGAUUGAGGAACCCGAAGUCAAUGGGGCUCAACCUUCGCUUUUUGUAAACCAGGACUCUGAAUCUGACACGGAAGCAAUGAGCACGCCUGGCUCAUCCUUUGGUCAACCCGUAAAUCCCUUUGCCGCUGCAGCUGCAGCUGCAGCACCCAAAAAUCCUUUCGCCCAACCUGCCACAGGCUUCGGCGCACCGGCUGCUCCAUCAGCAUUCGGACAGCCUACCAACUCUACUCCGUCUACAGGAUUUGGAGUCUUCGGCACUCCAUCCAGCCAAGGUUCGACGCAGUCUACACCAAACUCUUUUGCUCACAAUCCAUUCUCACCUCUUUCAGCAGCUUCUACUCCGGCAACCAUCGCACCUAGCUCCAGUGCGACUUCCUCGCCUUUCCAGCAGGGCCCGUUUUCCUCGGCGCCAUCGCCUUUUGCCAAGCCUGCAUCUCCUGCUGCGACCGCAAACACCCAGCCAUCCCCGUUCCAGCUUGGUGCUCAACAGGCACCUUUCUCGGCUUUCGGCCAGCCGGCACAGGCGCAGAAGUCGACGACCCCGAUCAGCUCAUUUGAGGAACCUAGCGAUACGCCUCCAGGCUCACCACCAAAGCCUGCCACGUUUCCACGUCCCACGUCAUCGGUUCCUACAACGACACCCACCCUUUUCCCGCCAGCAACAGCUUCCACUGAACAAGGCAAGCAGCCACAACCCGCACAAAGCAGCGUUUUCGGCUUUCCGUCUGCAACCUCCAGUUCGGAGGCUACGAAAGAGAACCAACCGCCUAGCAGCAUUUUCGGCUUCCCACCAGUUGCUACGAAAAGUUCCACCCCAGCGACCACCGCCACUGCAGCACCGUCCGGUACCCCUUUCCCUUCGUUCACCCCUACCGCUGCCAAGUCAGACGAGAACAAGAAUCCGUUUGGCUUCACUGCGUCUCAGGUCUCUGGCACCUCACCCACCAAUUUCUCCCUCAAACCAGCUCAGGGCCCUACAUCUUCUAUAUUAGCUGCAGAUCACACUCCGACUUCUGCAACUGCAUCUCCAUUCCCUACCACGACGCCCUCUGCCUCACUGGACCUCGGUCCUCAGGCUCCGAAACCCUCACUUGGAGCCUUCAACCCAUCCAAAUUUUCUACUCCUCCUUCUACCAUUGGGCCCGCCACAAACUCAUCGCCAUUCUCAAUUGGAAACAACACAAGUACCUCAACAGUUGAUGCCACCACCACUCAAUCCUCACAGCCCCCGAGCUUCACCCCGGCUUCUACCCUUACUUCCACACCACCAAGCUUUACUCCUUCGUCAAGUCUCGCUCCAGUGCCGCCUGCAGCGCAAGCGCCGAAAGCGCCUCCUCCCCAGCCUCAGCCAGAUGCUUUGGCCAUCGCUAGAGAAAAGGCUCAGAAGGAGAGGCUAAGAGGUCUAGCCGUGGACAGGAUCACUGAAAACCUGGUCAUGCAGCCUAAAGUUGGUCUGCUCGCUCAGUUCGUAGAGCACAUGGCACACAACGUGAUCAUGGAUGCCAUGAUGGAAUUUGAAGACGAGCAGAACCAGAAGGUUGCUGAUCAAUUCCGCGUAAGGAGCCUCACCUUCAAAUAUGGCCAAAAGUGGAGAAACAUUUGGCGGUCAGAGAAGGUCAGGCGCCGUGGACGCGAGCGGAGGAAGGCUCGUCGUGACGCGCUGAACGCCGCUGCCUCUCGACGGGGGCCAGCUGGGAUCGAAACUGACGUCCAAGAGUUCAAAAGCACUAUGGGCGCAAGCAUGCGAAGGCUGGCUGCCAGUGCCGGUUCGCGCGGUAGUGGACAUUUCCGCGACUCAUUCAGCUCAAGCAUUGGAGUGCACGAUAUUCUCGAGAGGGAUAUGCGUCGCCCCACUAGCUCGCAGAACCAAUCGUACUUGAUGUCUGGAGCACUGCCAAGCAAUGACAGCCGCCGCAGCAGCAUGCAGUCGGACCUUCUUGGACCCGACAGAGACGGAUUCCGCAUCUCCAAGUCGAGGAAAGCCCCCAUGCAGCCGCCUCAACUAAUCCGACACCGCGCCCGAUUCCUGUCUGGGGAUCCUCUUAUUCCAAAAGAGAGCAGCUACACCGGCCGUAUCAGCACCACACAGACGGAUUACUUCAGGCUGCGGGCAAUGGGUAUCAAGUACGAGGACGUGCAUGGUGGUAGGAAGGGCAGAAAGCGGUAUAGGGAAUUCGAUGAUGACGAGGAAGCUAUCGUUUCCGACGAUGAUGGCGAAUCGGUUACUCCCCCGGAGAGGAAGAGAAGGAUUGCGAUGGGCACCCGAGACUACCGGCUCAGUCAAAGCCGUACGCCAACUGGUGAAAAUCGUUAUGCGGAAACGGUUACUAGCGCGCCCAGCACUAUCAACAAGGAGCACGACGACGAAGAAGCUCUCCGGGAUCCUACCAUUGCCAAGGCUCGUGCGCUUCAGAAGUCCAUGUCUGAGUCGAUCGAUUACUAUCGAAACAUUCGAGAGCAGAUCGAGAAAGAGAGGUCUGAGUCCGUUCAGGCCUCGACCACCAAUCCUCUUGCCCAGUCUUACAGCUCCUUCCGCGCGUCUAUUUUCCCUGAAGCACGGCCAGCGCCUCCAGACCUGCCCAAGUACUGGAGUCGCGAGAGCAAAUUCCUGCCUCGUUCGGAAUAUGGCGGGGCUCGUUGGCUGGCGAACGCACAGAAGGGCAAAGAAAGGGCUGUCGAACCAUCGACUAACGCAAAGCCGUCGAAACCCAACUUCGAUCAACAAGUCCCUUCUUCUCAGCCUGUCAACAGGGCAAGGACGACUUCACAGUCGUUCAACUCGAUGGUUCCCGAUAGCAACCCAUUCAUCUCGACGCAAUCUUCCAAGCGCCCCACACCGAAUGGAAUGGGAACUCAAGGCGACGAGAUCAUGAUACUUUCGUCUGACGAUGAAGAUGAUGUGAAGGAAAACAAGAUCCGUGUCAAGCGCGAAGAAACCCCAGCCAACUUGGACGACGAUGACGAUGUGAUGGAAGUGACUCAAGUCGGGGGCUCUCAGUCUUUUACGGGGGAUUUCGAGACUCAGUAUGGCCAGCCUGAUGCGUUCGACAGUCAGUUCGAGGAUCAGUACCAGUAUGCUCAAGGUCUCGAAACUACCGAGAUGGAUGAAGAUGAGGUUGAUCCCGCGCUUCUGGAUGAGGAUGAUGGAGAUGAUGAGGUGGAAGGAGAUGACGAGGGAGGAGACGAUGUGGAUGUGGAAGAUGAUGAGGAAGACGAAGAGGAUGAGGAGGAGGAGGAGGAAGAAGAUGAAGAGGAUGAUGACAUCAUUGAGGACGACGAUGAUGUUUCUGAGGAGGAAGAAACAGAGAGCGACGAAGACAGUGAGGAACGUGGUGUCACACCAAGUGGCAAGUACAAAGACAAGGGCAACAGCUUCGACGACGCGAUCGAGCUAUGA